GUUUAACCUACUUCCCACAGACGACGCAGAAAAGAGGCUCUGGCUCCCAGCAGCCAGGAAGCUCUGAGAUGAGGACCCCUUCUCCUCCGGAUGCGUUGAAAUGAAGGCUUUGCGGCAAAGACACUCACCUCUAGCCGACAUGCCCGGUUCACUAUAUGAAACCUCCAAUCUGGAGCGGGGCGGCAGCAACAGAAAGAAGAUAGAGGAAUUCUCUAGGUCUUCUCGGGAGAAACUGGUCCAGUCGAAGAACAAAAUGUUCUCCAAAUUCACCUCGAUUCUCCAGCACGCGGUGGAAGCGCUCGCCCCAUCUCUGCCCUUGCAGGAGGACUUUGUCUACCACUGGAAGGCCAUCACACACUAUUACAUUGAGACCUCAGAUGACAAAGCCCCGGUCACAGACACCAACAUCCCAUCCCACCUGGAACAGAUGCUGGACAUCCUGACCCAGGAGGAGGCGGAAAGGGAGUCUGGGGAAACGGGACCCUGCAUGGAAUACCUCCUACACCACAAGAUCCUGGAGACGCUCUACACGUUGGGCAAAGCAGAUUGUCCUCCAGGCAUGAAGCAGCAAGUUCUUACCUUUUACACAAAGCUGCUAGCACACAUUCGCCAGCCGCUCCUGCCACACAUCAACGUCCACAGACCUGUACAGAAAUUGGUCCGUCUGUGUGGCGAGGUUCUGGCUGCACCUACGGAAAACGAGGAGAUCCAGUUCCUCUGUAUCGUCUGUGCCAAGCUAAAGCAGGACCCGUAUCUGGUCAACUUCUUCCUGGAGAACAAAUCAAAGAGAGCCGAGACAAAAGGCCCCGCUGCGACGGAGGAGAGCGUCGUAGCUCCGGACACGGGCCAGUCUCCGGCGGACGAGCCAGUAGCUGCAGCUGCUGCUUCCUCCUCCAGUCCAACAAGAAACCACAACAACAACAAUUACAACCUGGUCACCUCCUUACUCAACCUCACAAAGAGUCCCGACGGCAGGAUCGUGGUGAAGGCUUGUGAAGGUUUGAUGCUCCUGGUCAGUCUGCCUGAACCUGCUGCCGCCAAGUGUCUGACGGAAAACACGGAGCUGUGCGAGCUUCUCACCCACAGACUCGUCUCCUUCUACAAGGCGCUGCCGCCGUCCAUGGACCCUCUGGACAUAGAGACAGUGGAGUCGGUCAACUGGGGUCUAGAUGUUUAUAACCUGAAGGAGGACGCCGCCGUCUUCACCGGGAAGCGGGCGCUCAUCUCCUUCCUGUCGUGGCUGGAUUACUGCGACCAGCUCAUCAAAGAAGCUCAGAAGUCAGCAGCCGCGGCGAUGGCCAGAGCUGUGAGCGAACGCUUCUUUGUGUCCGUGAUGGAGCCUCAGCUGAUGCAGACAUCCGAGGUGGGAAUCUUGACCUCCACGGCGCUGCUGAACCGGAUCAUACGGCAGGUGACGUCGGAGGCGCUGCUGCAGGAGAUUGUUUACUUCCUGCUGGGGGAGGAGAAGGAAGCAGAAUCUCCGGCUACGCUCACCAAGAAUCCACUCCGGCACAGACUCAUCGAGCACUGUGAUCAUCUCUCAGACGAGAUCAGCAUCAUGACGCUGCGCCUGUUUGAGCAGCUGAUCCAGAAGCCCCACCGGCACGUCCUCCUCAGCCUGGCGCUGCGGAACCUGGAGGAGCGGAACUACCUGGAGAACAAACCCCAGGAGGAGCGGGAGCCGCUGGAGAACGGGCAGCCUCACGAUGCCGUAGACCUGGAGGAGGAUCCGCUCUUCGGAGACGACCCCUCUCCAGACACCAGGUUGUCUGGUUCCGACUGGCUCAGCUCCUCUCCGCCUCUCAGUCCGGAUCACUCCAGGUCCGACGGGAAGACCGAGGUCCACAAGAUCGUCAACAGCUUCCUGUGUUUGGUGCCCGACGAGGCCAAGUCAUCGUAUCAGGUAGAAGGGACGGGAUACGACACCUACCUCAGAGACGCUCACAGACAGUUCAGAGACUACUGCGGCGUGUGCCAGCGCUGGGACUGGAGAGGAAAUCCCAAACCUCUAGAGAAAUGCGACUUGGACCUGCCGUUCUUCGAAGGUCACUUCCUCAAGGUUCUCUUCGACAGGAUGGGGCGCAUCUUGGAUCAGCCCUACGACGUUAACCUGCAGGUAACGUCCGUUCUGUCCAAGCUGUCUUUACUACCGCACCCCCACUUACACGAAUACCUGCUGGACCCGUACAUCAACCUGGCCCCCGGCUGCAGGUCGCUGUUCUCUGUCAUCGUCAGGGUGGUUGGAGAUCUCAUGUUGAGGAUCCAGCGUAUCCCAGACUUCACACCCAAACUGCUGCUGGUGCGGAAGCGGUUACUGGGCCUGGAGCCAGAGGGCAUCACCGUCGACCACACAACGCUGCUGGAGGGAGUCAUCGUGCUGGAGGAGUUCUGCAAAGAGCUGGCCGCCGUCGCCUUCGUCAAAUAUCACGCCGCCGCUGCGUCUUCCUCGCCCUAGCCUUCCUGCUCUCCUCCCAUCUGGGCCUUCGGGGGUUACUGGUGGAACUGGUCUGACCAGUAACUGACGUGUUUCAUCGUUCCCCUCCUCAGAUCUCCUGGGCUCCACUUUCAGAAGUUUGUCUCGCUCCGGCAGACGAGGAUGGUGGUGGAUGUGCAGAGAGACGCUCACUAGACUAUUACUCACUUCCCCCCCACCUCUUUCUAUUUCCGUGUGUGUGUGUGUGUGUGUGUGUGUGUGUGUGUGUGUGUGUGUGUGUGUGUGUGUGUGUGUGUGUGUGUGUGUGUGUGUGUGUGUGUGUGUGUGUGUUAUGUUACAAAGUCAUUGUAGUUUCCAGAUGUUUGUAUUUAUUUUCUGUCCAUCGCCUUAACGUGACGUCACCUUCCGUCAUUUUGUCUGAGGAUGAGAAUCUGCGCAUGCACACACACACACACACACACACACGUACGUCUGCUCUUUUAAAUGCCAAGUUGUUUAUUUUCAUGUUGCCUUUUUAACUCCCGUUUUCAGAUGGAAGAGGAAACUAGUUCAUUUCAGCAACCGAACAGAUUCUUGUCUCUGAUUUGGCUUUGAGACUCGUUCGUCACCCAAAGACGCGUUCAGCUGAACAAAACCCAGAGUUUGCACCUGAACGUCAUCGCACUGCACUUGGUUAUUAAUAUUAGAGGGUUAAUGUCAGUAAUUUAUUUGUGCUCUUUAAGGAAAUAAUCAGAAAAUGUUUUUUUUGGGGGGGGGGAUGUGCUAGAAAGCAGCUUUUCUGUCAGAAAAAGCUGAAAAAAGAACAUUUCUCCAGAUUUUCAUCAAAAAGCUUCCUGACGUCUGCUCAGGUGUUGCUUUUACCUGCAGUAUUACGUCUGAGGGAGGAAACGUCCUCGUGGUGCUGCCACGUCUUCAGCUGUUGGAAAGAUGCUACUUGACAUUUUUUUGUUGUGUGAACUCUCCUGGCCCCGCCCACUCUUAGCACCUGCAGUCACCUGCAUGGGCUCAGAUUUGCACAUCUUGUAAAUUCAUUUUCCUCAAAUGUUUUUUCAUAAACCAAAAAAGAAAAAAAAUCCUGGAAAUGCCAGGAUUUGUGUUUUAAUCAUGCACAUUUUUAUGACCUAUUUCGGAGCUCUUUCAUAUAUUUGUAUAUUAUAUGUGUACAAUAGCAACAGGGUUCUGCUAGCUGGUGUAAAUGCAUGCUUGUACAUCAUUUUUUAUUGUUGAAACAGGUGAAAAGGCAGAUGUGAGAUUUCAGACAGAGAUGAGGCCUUAUUAAACACUCUGGCUCUCCGAGUGAAAACGUUGUCCCUUUCGUUUGUGAAGUCGUACGAAGUUGAGCUGAAGCGGCGCAGGCAGACCGCCUCCGAGGCUGGAUUGUAGACUUAAGGCAGGAACGUCCAAAUUAAUCACAAGUCAUCUUCAGGUUUGGUUUCAAACAUCUGUUACUCAGCAGAAGAUGUGAUCAUUCUUCAGUUUUUGUCUUGUUUAUUUAAAAAAUGUCUACAAUAAAACAAAAAUACACAAAAUAAUUUCUCUCAAUGGCAAAGAUGAAAACCACAAGUUCUGUUCAAUCUUCCAAAAUAAACAUUUCUCAAAAGCCACCAGAUAAUACACGUGAAUGUCUGUAACAUGUCACUUCUCGUUCUCCACGAAACGGCCCCGGAGCACGGCGGGAUACCGGAACGCCGUCCUACAUCCACGGAUACAUUCUGCUUCACUCAGACGAGGAAACGUCCUCUCUGGGUUCAGCGAAGGGUUGUGUGAGCUGCUUUGGAGGCACUGCGGUGCAGAAAAGAGGCGCUCGGUCUGAUCGUUACCGAGUCAGUCCAGGUCCUGAAGGAGUUUAAAGCACCUUUUGUCACAUUUACUAAUUGAAAGAUUCUUGUUCUUACAUAGAAACCAAUCUGAAGUUCUACCACACUCAUUAAGUGCUUCUACAUCUGCAGGACAGAAAAACUGUUGGCUAAAGGAAUAUUUUGGCCAUGUUGAAGUGUAGAAUGUAUAAUUUUUAUAAAUAUUUAUUAUACCUAUUGCAGAUCGCUUUCUGAGCAGCCUUACAUCAGAGAAACGGCGUGUGUUCAUCAGGAUUGAUGAGCUAAAGGCUAGACUGAUGACAGUGAGUUGCUGCCUUCUUAAAACGGACGUUUCAGGGAAGUCCGUGCAACGUUCAUUACCGUAAUGGUGGUUUACCCUCCUAUUAUCCUAAAAUACUACUAACGUAUUAUCCUUAGGGUCAAAUUGGCCCCAAACGUGACAGGAGGGUAAUCAGAAGUAAAAAUCAGACCGACUUCUGGUGCAUUCAGGGUCCAGUCUGGUAGGAUAUUCAUACAAGUUCUAUCAAAACGAUGUUUUAUGAUGGCUGGAACUCACUUUGGACGCAGGUUCCUUCAGAAUGAGUCAAUCUGAGAUACUUUUAGGUGGUUUCUUAAAAACGGCUCAAAUCUAAAUUACACACGAGCCUCGGGUGCGUCGAAUGUGCAAAUAAACCACCGCAUGUUGGUAAAGUUCACAAAACGUUUGCAUGAACUGAGAAGAGCCGCUUUAAGACGAUGGCAGCGACGUUCAAACUAGCCGUUAGCCCAUCGGUCCUGUUGCAUGAGGCUUCCCAAAGUCAGUGUGAGGUUGAGGAUAUCCAGGAAUCAAACUGGAAAUAACUAGUUUACUACAACAGGAGUAAAAACAAAAAUAGCAUGCCAUUAAUUUACCUUUUAUGCUCAUGCAGCAACAUUUACAUUCACAAAUCUUUGAUAGUUGAGCCAGAAGCUGAAAAGUUUGGGAACCACCUACUAGAACAAAAGCCAUUUCUCCAAACAGAGGCUGUUCUGAUGUCAUUUUUUUAACUUUUCACUUAAAAAAAAAAACAACUUCAAAAUGUCUAAAUCUGUCCACAAUUGAAAUAAAAACCUGUGUGAUUCCUA